CGCUACACAUAUGUUCCAGGUGCUGGCACUGCUAGUAUGUCUGGCGACAGCGCGCGGCGCCGAGCAGGAGGCGGCCGGCGACGGCCUGGUGCACACUGAGGCGGACACCGACCUCGUCGCGGAGGCCACGCAGACAGGUCCGGCCCAGAAGCGCGAGGCAGUCCUAUCGAACUCGUACGGCGAGCCGCUGCCGGCCGACGCGUACGGACCGCCGGUACAUAUACCCGACACUGUUCCAGAUCUCCCGCAAGGCUCCCCGGCGCCAGUGUACGGAGUCCCCGACGUGGUAGUGUUCCCCCCUUCAGGCCCCUCCCCUCCACCUCAGCCCGCCGGCACCUACGGCCCCCCUGCACCCGUGUCAUUCCCCAGCCAAGUAUACCACGGACCCCCACCGCCAGUGCAGAGACCUAAACCAGUAUAUGGGCCCCCGAAACCUGUAUAUGGGCCCCCGAAACCUGUUUACGGACCUCCAAAACCUGUGUACGGCCCCCCGAAGUUCAACCCACCUAAGAAGACUUACGGCCCACCUAAGUUGAGCCUGCCUAAGCCUACAUAUGGAGUGCCGUUCAAGCCGCCGAAGAUUACGUUGCACAAGCCGCUGUUCUCUGCGCCCAAACCAGUAUACGGACCUCCUAAACCCGUGUAUGGGCCCCCUAAACCUGUAUACGGGCCCCCACCAGUCCGCGACACCCCUGCAUUGCCCUUACCCGAGCUCCCUCAGGUCUCCCUCCCUCCUAUAAACAGCAACAACCUGGACCUGGGUCUCAAUCUCCCCGCACCAAUUUACGGAACUCCGCUACUCUCCCUCCCAGUAGACCUCAAGCCUAACUUCCCUCUCCCGACCGACACGUACGGUCCUCCCGGUCACUCCCUGGGUCCCAACGACCAGUUGUUACUACAGAAUAUUGGCAGCGUAGGUCAUUAUGGACCUCCCCAGCCGGACCCGAACCCACGACCUCCCCACCCUGGCGUCCCUGCUCCUCCCACUCCUCCUCACGUGUUGUAUGAUGGAUGGAAACCAAUCCCUGGAGUGUCUCUACCAAACGGUCCCGCCGGACACAUCGCCCAGCAAUACGGACCACCAGUACAAGACCUGCAUAUCAACUUGGAACAGAAUCUACCGAGCCCUGACUUUCACCACCAGUUCUCUUCCACCCACCAGCAGCAGGGCGCUGUGAUUUCAUCAGGAUACUCGAACGUACAUCAAGAUGCUUUAGCCAACAUCGACCUCCACGCUAUUUUAGGCGGAGAGACCAAUCACAUAGCCCCUUCAGACACAGUAUUCGAGGCGCACUACACAGAGGGAGACUCGGCGAGGCAGCACGGAGGUAAGGGUCUAGUCGCGCCGUCAGGUCAGUACGGAGUGCCGCCCGGCGGCCAGUACGGAGCGCCUCCCCCCGUCCCCGGGCUGCCGCUGGGCUACGGGCAGCAGUCGGGCGGCGGGCACUCGGGCGGCGCGGCGCCGCGCGCGCCCGUGUCGUUCCGCGCGGCCGUGCCCCGCGCCGUGUUCCAGCACAUCGCGCACACCACGGCGCACAACGACGCGCACGGCACGCAGCUCGCCGUGCCCGGCGCGCACUACCUGCCCCCCCCCAUCGGCCACAGCGUGGCGCUGUCCAUCGAGCCCGGCCACAUCUACAGCGUGCCCGGCUCGUACGGGUCCCCGGUGGACUCGUACAGCGCGCCACUCCUGACGGUGGCCGGGGACCACGUCACGUCGGGCUCCAGCACCGACGCCGUCACGUCCACUGUCGACGGAACCGUGCUGGCCAACCUGUCCGCGCUGUCCAACUUGGACGCGGCCGCCAUAUUGAAGCACUGUCCCUACCACGAGGCCAUACUGAAGGCUGCCCAGGCCGGCAACACUAUACCGCACGAGCUGGCCACGAGCUACGUGAACAGUCUCAGUAGUCUCGGCUCCACCCUGAGCGAGCACAGCAAGAGAGAGAACAAGGACACGUUCAGUGUACACAAGAGCAAGUCUAUCAAGGAGAAACACACGCGCGCCGAGCAACUACAACAAGUCAGCAAACAGAUACAGGAGACUCAGGACAGGAUCCGAACCCUGAACCAACAGGCGCAGCAACUGCACCAGAAGAUCACCUCCACCGGACAGUCCAUCGGGUCUGACAUACCCCAGAGUGCUUCAGGAGCUUCGUACUCCGUGCAGAUACAACCCUCAAACGGCGGCAAGCCGUCCGUGCCGCACGAGCAACUAUUGUCUGAAGGGUUACUGCAGAGCAUACUGCAAGCCAUCGACGACCCCAGCAAGGCGCCGCAACUUGCGCAACAACAACAACAAGCUGCGCAACAACAAAUUGCUCAACAGAAUAUAGUGCAACAACAAAGAGAGCACCAAAAUGUCGCGCAGCAACAAAAUGUUGUACAGCAAAAUGUCGCACAGCAUAAUAUCGCGCAACAAAAUGUCGCGCAGCCUCCUCAGUUGUCUCAGCAACAAAGUCUGCCUCUACUGCACUCCGCUCACUCGUUCAACUCCAACACUCGCGCCGAGUCAUUCACGGACGGCAUCGUGCUCCCGGCGGGAUACGAACCCGUAGACCGGUCACACGACCAGCAGACACAGGCCACUGAGCAGCACUCAGUCAGCGACUGCGACCUGAAGGCGGCCGCCUCCACGCGCACUGAGACCGUCGUACCACCGCCAGCGCCCACUGUACAGGCAGUCAGUCGGGGAGAUAUACCCAGCGACACGGACAGCGCCACUGCAGCCAGCGAGGAUAAUGAGGUCGCUCUGUACUUCGGAGACAAUGCAGCGCCAGUCACUGAGAUCUCAGUCGCCACCAGCAUCAGUGGAGACACGCACUGAGUGAUCAUACACAGCCCGGCCAGUAGUGUGUGUGUACCGAGUCGAGUCAUUCAGUACGCGAGUAAGGAAACAAAGAUUGCUUCAGUACAGAGCCAGUAGCUGUCGUUAUACUGAAUUGUACGCUUUGUAACGAAGCCAUGUCUUCUGUAACUCAGUCGGCUCUAGACAACCGAUGGCUACUGUCUCUGUACUGAACCAAUCUUUGUUUCCUUGCCUGCAUACUGAAUGACUUGUCUGUAUAUCUGUAUGUGUCUGUAUGUGUGUGUGUGUGCGCUAGUCGUCGAGCCAUCGUGUACAAUAUAUCGUUCUACAACGUGUGUCAUAGACUCUAUAACGCCGGGGACACUGAUGACGUCAUACAUUGUUCAAUAUGAGCACACCGUCUCUCGUGUGCCCGGUAUGAGACACCCGCGGGCACGAGUCACUGCCCGCGUGUGUCGCUACAAUAUAAUGUAUAAUAAUUUAUAUAUAACUCGUAUAAUUAUAUGUACUUACCGUAUAAGUCAGUAUUGACGUAAAAAUAAAUUAUUUCAUAUAAUUAGGUUUAAUUAUGGAGCAUACUAUCGCGCUAUGUAUCUAUAUGAAAUGUACAGAGUUGACAUAAAGUAAUACAAAAAGUGUUUACACCAUUGUCUAAGCACUGUACUCGAGAACAGCUGGACGGGUUUUCAUAAGAUUAGCUUUAUUGAAUUCGCCCAAUGACAAAAUGUCAACAUUUUUCAUACAUCUUUUGGAUAAUACAACAAAUGAAAACUAGUCCGUCAGAGCUCGUUCCAAAGUCUAGAUUCGAAUGUAGAAGAACGAGCUACAAACUCAAACACUACUCUCUUUAUCUCAAUCUAUAUCUGAAGUGAACGUCACCACAAUCCGUCCAGUAGUUCGAGAGACGUGUCCACCGCUCGAUACAAAGUAGCGCGGCGCGGCGCUGAACUACAAGUUACAUUUAUGUUCAAUUAUAAUAAAUGUCCUAACUUUGUGUUCGUUCAUAUAUUACUGGGUGGAAGUAUUCAUAUCAUGUCUAUGGAACUGUUUUCAUCAAAGUCAAAGUCAAGAUCAAGGUCAAUAGACAGUCCACUGCUGGACUAUGAACCUCGUCUACAUAAGAGAGGUAUAUCUCCAAUCUCCACGCUUGGUAAAUGAGUUGGAGAUCGCAGUCUAUCAGAGAGCGCCGCUUUAAUAAACAUGUUCUUGAUAUUAAAAAUUGGUUUCUAAUACAUAAUUAUGGAUAUUGUGUAGUGUGUACUGUGUGUAUGUGUGUGUGUGUUGGGUAUGUGUGUAUGUGUGUGUGUGGGUAUAUUAAUUUAUUAGUCGCGAAUUGUUGCAUGUUAUGUUUACAAAAUAUGAAUUAAAAUAAAAUGUACAAACUCAUUGUUGUAUUUUCAUUUAUUAUUAUUUUUAUAAAUUAUUAUUAAAACUAAAUACAAUCUAUAGUGUGGUUCUCGGGUUCGAUUCUCGGGUCAGGAUACCUUGACGUGCUGCCGGACAUCACGUGGAAGGGGGGGCGGCUGCGGGGGGAGGGGGGCGCUUGCGACCCAACUGUGGGGGGAACAAAUAUAUCAUUAUUAUAUGACUGUAGAGUACAAAAAUACCGGACUAUGGUUAAACCUCGAUUUCUGUGAAACCGCAUCAAAAUAGAUUCAGCCAAUGGCGGCUUGACACACAUACAGGUCAAACUGAGAACCUUUUUGUUUCUAAGUCGGUUAAAAGCAUUAGUCACCAUCACCACCGCCACUCUUCCCGCGGGUGUCGUAUACCCGACGUGACUCUGACUUUUACUUUUACAAAAACUUACAGUCAUACCACUAAGACAUCAUUCAAUGGGAGCUAACGUUUGUUGCUCACUAGAUGGAGCUGAUCUAGCCAGAGGUCUGUUGGUCCAAGCACUGUACUUUUGAAACGUCAACAAAUACAAAAUAAAUAAUAGUCUGUCAGUCAGUCCGUCAGUGAAGCUAGGUGAAGCCAGGUGCUCAUUCCAAAAUGUAGAUUCAUUUAUAUAGACAUAGACAUAAGCAAAUCAUUUAUAUAGACAUAAAAAAGAAAUAGACCUAAUAUUGAACCUUGAGGAACGCCCAUAUUCAUCCCAGAGCCCUGUGAGUUAAUACCGUUAACAUGAACCUUUAACUGUCUCUCUUCUAAAUAAGAUCUCAUAAGACGGAGCGCAGAGUUUCUUAUCCCGUAGUGAUCUAAUUUCAGCAAAAGUGUCUCGUGGUCAACGCAAUCAAAUGCUUUUGAGAGGUCACAAAAGACACCAAUAGCAUCCUGUGCUUCCUCCCAAGCACCAAAUAUUUCCUUCAUCAAAGUGACCUUUAGUGAAACCAUAUUCUUGUUGGUGAAAAAUAGAUGAAGCAUCCGAGACAGCAUUAACUUUUCAAACACUUUGCUGAGAACCGGCAAAACAGACACAGGCCUUACCUUGUGUUUGAGAUGCACGAGCCUCGUGUGGUUGUAGAGCGCGGCGUGGUACGUGAAGGUGGCGGCGCACGUACUGCACGAGUACGGCCGCUCGCCCGCGUGCGAGCGGAGGUGGCCUUCGAGGGACUUCUUGCUCUGGGGGUUGGAAUAAUUUUUAUUUUAUUUUAUUUAUUUUAUUUAUUUUACACUUUAUUGUACACCAUAAAAACAU